CUACGCUGUGAAAAUGCUUUGCUGGCAAUUAUUAAAAAGCUAAAUGAAAAACUACAAGAUAGAUAUUUCCAUGAGAAAGGACACGUACAAUUUUAAAGGUAAUAACAAUAAGAAAUGUUUGAAGAAAUUGGUAGCAAAAUUGCAGCAAAAACUUUGGGGACCAAUCCUUUGUGUUAAUCGUUUUAGCACUAAAUUAAGUUAGUAAAGUUUUCGGAAAAGAUAUUAAAUAAAAUAAUAAUAAUAAAACUAUGUUAAAACUUCAUCCAUUGGAUUUAGCAUCGGAUUUAAUAAAUUAUAAUUUAACAUAUCGCGUAAUAAUUCUAAAAGAAAAAGAAAAGAAAAUCACCUAAACGCGCUUUUUGGUUGUUACUUUAUUAAAAUAGAUAGUUACUUUCGUGAGAUCUUUAAAGUGGUUUCUUCAAGUUGAAGCAGGCUGGGUUUUGUAGGAAACCUGAAACUAUAGAAAUCAUUAGUAAUCUUCUUUCGAUCGUAUAAUAUCCACCUUCCAUAAAAUGGCUGAUGCACUUGUUGCUGUAGUCCUAGACCACUUUGUUUCAAUUGUUGGUAGAUAUGUUGGAAAACGUGUGGAAUUGGUGAUGGGAGUUGAGAAGGAUGCUGAGAAUCUGAAGUGCAAUCUCCAAGCCAUUCACGCAGUGCUUGAGGACGCUGAGAGGAGGCAACUGAGCGAUAGCAAUGUCAGACUCUGGUUAGAAGAGCUCAAAGAUGUAUCCUACGACAUGCUUGACGUUUUGGAUGUGUGGAGCGCGAACGCCCAUGUUCUUAUCAAAUCUGAUAUUCCUACGGAGAACAAGGUAUGCUUCUCCUUCCUCUUCCCUUGUUUUGCUUCUAGUUCUAGGCAAGUCACUCAAGUGGGUCUCCGCUAUGAAAUUGCUGCCAACAUAAAGAAACUAAACGAGAAACUGCAAGAUAUUGCAGUGAGAAAGGGCUUGUACAAUUUCAAAGCAAUAAGAGGUGGGGUAGAUGAAGAACCUGAAAGGCCAAAAACUACUUCUAUCAUUGAUUCAUCUGAGGUACGUGGUCGAGAUGAGGAUAAGGAAAAUCUCGUAAGAAAGUUACUCCACUCCAGCACUAGAAGCCCAGAUGGGAGGAACCUUAACAUCGUCCCUGUGGUAGGUAUGGGAGGGAUUGGGAAAACCACUCUUGCCCAACUAGCCUACAAUCACUUUAUGGUCAAAUCCCAUUUUGAUGUGAGAAUCUGGGUUUGCGUUUCAGAUCCUUUUGAUGUGGUCAAGGUUGCCAGGGCAAUUAUUGAACAACUCACUGGCCAGGCCUCAACUUUAGUUGAGCUGGAAUCUUUGUUGCAACUUAUACUUAAAUCAAUUGAAGACAAGAAAUUUCUUCUUGUCCUAGAUGAUGUGUGGACUGAUGACUAUCAGAAAUGGGAACAACUAAAACAAACUCUUAAAUAUGGUCAUGUAGACAGCAGAGUUUUGGUGACCACAAGGAAGGAAGAAGUUGCUAUGAUGAUGGGAGAACCCAUAAACAUGAUUCACUUGAAAAAGUUAUCUGAAGAAGAUUGUUGGUUGUUGUUUAGUCAAGUAGCAUUUUUGGGAAGAAAUGAGGAAGAUAGGGAAAACUUGGAACAAAUUGGUAGGACAAUUGCAACCAAGUGCAAAGGCUUGCCUCUUGCAGCAAAAACUUUAGGGAGCUUCAUGCGCUUUAAAAAGACUAAACAACAAUGGGAGGAUGUAUUACACAGCGAAAUAUGGGACCUGGAUGAAGCAAAGAGGAAUCUUUUUUCUCCAUUGCUGUUGAGUUACUACGAUUUGUCUCCUAUAGCAAAGCGUUGUUUUACAUACUGUGCCAUAUUCCCAAAAGACGAGUUGAUUGAUAAAGAUGAUUUGAUCCAACAGUGGAUGUCACAAGGUUAUUUCAUUUUGAAAAAGAAUAUCGAGAUGGAAAUAACGGGUCGAGAAUGUUUUGACAACUUAGCUAUGCGAUCUUUCUUCCAAGAUUUUAUAAAAGAUGAGGACGGGAAUAUUGUCAAAUGUAAGAUGCACGAUAUUGUGCAUGAGUUUGCACAAGUUCUCACAAGGAACGAAUACUCUAUCACAGAAAUAAAGGCUGUUGAAGGAAUACGGGAUAUAACUGGAGGAAAUGCUCGUCAUUUGACCUUGAUGCUUUCCCCCAACGCCCUUAUCCCUGUCUCUAUUUUGACAAGAAAAAAAUUUCAUACCCUCAUGGUUUUUUGUACUUCAAGUAUUGCUACCAUAAGCCCUGAUCACUUUUUCCAUCUGAAAAGUCUUAGGACAUUAAAUUUGAGUCGAUGCUCCAUCCAACAUCUCCCAGAAAGUAUUGGUGAACUUGUCCAUCUGAGAUAUCUGAACUUGUCUCAUAAUCCUGUGGAAGAGUUGCCUAUCACAUUGGGUAAUAUGUGUAAUCUGCAAACCUUAAAACUUGAGUGUUGUUUACGUCUGAAAAAAUUACCCGAAUCUGUGGGGAAACUAAUUUGUUUGAGGCAUAUUUAUAUCUCUGGAAGUCUUCUUCUCGACCAUCUUCCAACGGGCAUUUGCCAAUUGAGUUCUCUCCGUACAAUGGAUGUGUUCAUUGUAGCUGAUUAUAAGCGUUACACCAGGACAGCAUGUCAUUUAGACAAUUUGAGAUACUUGAAACGUCUUCAGCGUAUCUACAUUAAUGGGUUGGGUAAUGCACCUUCAGUUUUAGCUAGGCUGGCAGAAUUUUCGCUUAAGAAAGAUCUUCGCGAGCUGAGUCUAGAUUUCCGGACGGAUGGAGACGCUAACAUGGGCAGGCAAGAGAAUCUACUGAAAAUUAUAAGACCACAUCCAAACCUGGAAACUUUGCGGAUCAUCGAUUACUGUGGUGGUAGCACUGUUUCCCCAAGUUGGAUGAUGUCAUUGACCAAUUUGAGAAGGUUGGUUAUCAAAAAUUGCCACUUUUGCGAGGUAUUGCCUCCUUUAGGGGAACUACCAUCUCUUGAGUUUCUCAAUAUUCUGAAUUUGGACAAGUUGAAAACAAUUGGACCUGAAUUCUUGGAAGUAAAAAUAGAUUACACUGGGAACGCGUUGGAAGCAUCGGCUGUUUUGUUUCCAAAACUAAAAGAAGUCAAGUUUAGAUGCAAGGAGUGGUGGCAAUGGAGUGGCAUCCCAGGGUGGAAGGUGGAUAGUCCUGCAAUCAUAAUGCCUCGUCUCUAUUCCUUGAAAUUUAGUGGGUGCAAGAGCUUGGAAGAACUACCAAACUUUCUUCAGAAAGUACCACUGCAAAAUCUGAUAAUAGAAGAUAGUGUCAAACUCCAGAGAUGCUGUCAAAAGGGGGCAGGAAAGGAAUGGCACAAAAUAUGUCAUAUCCCAAACAUUCAAAUGUUUUAACCUACUUCUGUCUGAAUGAAAAUUUUCCUCUUCAGGUUAAACAAUUCUGUUUUUGUUACCUUCGAGGUUCAUUCUUAUAAUUCUGCAAAAAUUUUCUGAAAGUUGAGGUUCAUUGUUACUGAAACACAUAUUAUGGGAUUGGAUAUCACAGGCAAAUGAGAUUAUUUUCGGAAAGAUUGUGCGCCUCUUGGGUCGUGGCUGUAGCUGACUGGAGAAGAGGUUUUAUGACCGACGGCUUGCAUCUAAGUUGCUUGGAGUGGUGGUGUCAAAAGCAAAUAAGUCCAGCGACUCAUCUUUUUCUUUUCUAUUCUCCUUAGUUGCUUUCGUUUCUUUUGAGACUUUGAGAGUGGGGUCUUUAGUUGGGGCUCUAAUUAUAUGCUUGAAUUGAAACCUUCUUUACUUCAAUUGUACCAAUUAUGAGUUUUUAUUUUAUAUUUAUUUUUAUUUUUAAUUUUUGGACAAAACUAUGAGUGUCAUUAUGUGUUCGUACAAGAAGAAUUUCCAGUUGCAUAAUUUUGCGCUCUAUGGUUACAUUAACGCAUUGUAUAUUUGUAAUUUCCUGUAGAGGCAGAAACAAAUUUCUGCAGAUGGAAGCUUAAGGUUUAGGGAUUUUUUAGUUAUAUUACUAUCAUUUUUUAAAUCCAUAUUGGUAAGGAAAGACCAGCGAAGAAUGCUAGCAGGUAAGUCGGCAAUAAGGAUUCCAAGUUGUGUGUGUAAUUUUCCUUUGCUGACAAUGCCUAUCAAGGUUCAUGUUAUGUGGAUUGCUAUUAUAAUUAUGAUUAGAUUUGUUGGACCUUCAGGGAUUUGCUACUUACGGGAGGACAAUCCAACAAUUGCUUUAUGUAAUUAUACAUCGUAUCAAAGUAGACCUUAUUUUUAUAAAAUCGUGAAUUACAGCAUCAUA